AUGAUUUGGUACGAAGUGGACCAGCUUGCACUAGGGAAGGAAUUUCUACCAACUAUGACAAAUAUAUUUAAAAUGGCGAAAUAUUUUGGCAUUCCAACAUAUGGCGGGAGAUUAGCUCUUCUAGGAGCUAUUGUAAUGUUGGCAAUGCUGAUGAUUUUGGAGACAGUGUCUAUUUCGAAGCUGAUAAAAACUUUGAAUAGCUGGAAUGUGAAUCCAAAAGAUAGUGUAAUUUCUCGGCUAUCUGGAUCAAUUUUCUAUGGCAACGCUUUGCUGUCCAUGUUAAUAUCAUGGAAAAUAAUAAGCAAUUGGGAAGAACUAGCUUUAUUCUGGAAGAGAACUGAAAGAAUUGAACUGAACAUUCUUCCUGAUAAAAGGAUUAGAGCAAGAAUUAUAUUUAUAAGCAGUUACGUCGGUAUAUGUGCGUUUGUUGAGCACGCGUUGAGUAUGAUGUCAGGAACGGGGCUCGACUGUCCGCCGGGGGAGUACUUUGAACGUUAUAUCUUGAGUUCACACGGAUUCAUCUUGCAAAGAAGUGAAUAUUCUCUAUGGAUAGCGAUACCGAUUUUCAUUCUCAGCAAGUUGGCCACAAUAUUUUGGAACUUCCAGGACCUGAUUAUAAUUUUAAUCAGCGUCGGCCUGGCUUCGAAGUACAACCGAUUAAAUCUUUUUGUUCAUCGUUUCGUAUUGUUUGAGAAGAAAAUGAAAUAUCACAAUAGGGUCGUAAGUCUACCUCUCCGUAUCAAAAUAUGGCGCAAUCUUCGUCAGGCAUACGUCCAACAAUCAGAGCUAGUGAGGAAAGUUGACCAGAGCCUCGGAGGGCUGAUACUCCUCUCCAAUCUUAAUAAUUUGUACUUUAUUUGCUUGCAACUGUUUUUGGGGAUCAGCGGAUCAAAGGGUACUGCGAUAAAUAUAAUCUACUACUACUUCUCACUGGCCUGGCUACUCUACCGAGCCAGUGGCGUGGUGCUGGCAGCGGCUGAUAUCAACAUACACUCUAAACGGGCCCUCCCACAUUUGUAUAGUAGUGUAAGCGGGGCAUAUAAUAUUGAGAUAAAAAGACUCAAAACUCAAUUAGAGAACGACGAUGUAGCACUGAGCGGACUCGGGUUCUUUUACUUGUAUAGACAGAAAUUAUUAGAGGUGGCUGCUGCUAUAGUCAAAUAUGAAUUAAUAUUACUUCAAUUUGACAAACAUUAUUAA